UUCGCGCACACACAUAGUAACACAUAGUGUGUGAAUAUGGCUGCUAGAGCGGCUAAGUCCAACCGUCCAACUCCCGGUGCGGGAGCUGCGUCAAAGCGGGGUAUAGGUGGUCAGGAAGAAGAGGAACAGACUGUGCAAGCGGUUCUCAUCGCUGACAGCUUCAACCGCAGGUUUUUCCCGAUAUCUAAGGACCAACCGAGGGCACUUCUUCCUUUGGCUAAUGUGGCAAUGAUUGAUUAUACCCUGGAGUUCCUGACAGCCACUGGUGUACAGGAGACCUUUGUAUUUUGUUGUUGGAUGUCCAAUAAGAUUAAAGAGCACUUACAGAAAUCAAAAUGGUGUCGGCCUACCUCCCCGAACACAGUGCAUAUUAUUACAUCUGAUAUGUAUAGGUCUCUGGGCGAUGUGCUACGUGAUGUUGAUGCUAAAGCUCUCGUUCGUUCUGAUUUUCUCCUUGUCUAUGGAGAUGUUGUAUCAAAUAUUGAUAUCACACAAGCUCUUAAUGAACACAGGAUGCGACGAAAAAAUGAAAAGAAUGUCUCCGUUAUGACAAUGAUCUUUAAGGAGUCUGCACCAGGUCAUAAGUCUCGAUGUCAAGAAGAUGAUACCAUCAUUGCUGUAGAUAGCAAGACCAAACGGGUUCUUCACUAUCAGAAGACACAUGGUCUGAAAAAGCUUAAAUUUCCAAUGAACAUUUUCCACGGUGGAAGCCAAGAGAUUGAAAUUCGUCAUGAUCUUCUUGACUGCCACAUCAGUAUCUGUUCUCCACAGGUUGCCCAGCUGUUUACUGAUAAUUUUGACUACCAGACCAGAAAUGACUUUGUCCGAGGAUUACUAGUUAAUGAAGAGAUACUUGGAAAUCAAAUUCACCUUUAUGUUUCUGGGGAUGAAUAUGGAGCCAGAGUCUCCAACUUACUCAUGUAUGAUGCUGUGUCAGCUGAUAUUGUGCGCCGGUGGGUGUACCCACUCACCCCAGAAAUGAACUUCACAGAUCAAGAAGGAGAGGCUUGUACUCACUCACGCCAUAAUGUCUAUCGCGGGGAAGGAGUCAGCCUUGGUCAUGGCAGCCAAAUGGAAGAGAAUGUGUUGAUUGGCCAGGGUACUGUCAUUGGCUCCAAGUGCCACAUAUCGAACAGUGUGAUUGGGAAAAACUGCAAUAUUGGUGAUAAUGUGAUUUUGGACAGGGCCUAUAUCUGGAAUAAUGUUUGCAUUGCUAAUGACUCCCAAAUUACACAGUCCAUUCUGUGUGACAAUGUGGAGGUGAAGGUGGGGGUAGUCUUGGAAAAGCAUUGUGUCCUUGCAUUCAAUGUAGUUGUGGGUCCAAAUAUUAAACUUCAAGAAGGCACAGUGAUCUCCAUGCAUUACCCAGAUGAGGAAACUGAGGAGGAUGAAGAUGAGUUCCUGAGUGAUGAUGCAGGGAACAACAGUCAUCCAACAAAAGCCAAAAUAAAAGGUUACAGUGUAUAUGAAGUAGGAACUGAAGGUAAAGGUUUUGUUUGGAGAGUAUCUAACGUUUCACAAUCUGAGGAAGAUGAACUGUCCCAGUCUUUGUGGGGUCUGGUGUUAAACCCUGAUCCAGAGAGCGAAAGUGAAAGUGAUAAGAGUGAAUGUUCUGAAGAGUCAGAUAACAGGGGACUGUCACCUGAACUUGAUGAUGUGAAAGUAUUCCAGGUGGAGGUUAUGGGAACCUUGCAGAGAGGGAUGGAAGAAAACAUAGGCUGUGAUAAUCUUGUCCUAGAGAUCAAUUCUUUAAAAUAUGCCUACAACAUAUCUCUGAAAGAGGUAAUGCAAGUUAUCAGUAAAGUGGUGCUGGAAUUUCCCAUACAACAGCAGGGAUGCAGCUUGUCUGCAGCACAGUACAGUUCACUGAUCAUUCCUUUGUUGAAGAGAUGGACCCCUGUAUUUAAAAAUUAUAUUCGAAGGGCCCAGGACCAUCUAGAUUGUUUGGCAGCGAUUGAAGAGUUUUUUCUUGAACAUGAUUCUCUUUGGACUGCAAUGGUCAAGGUUUUAAUGACAUCAUACCAACAAGAUAUUUUGGCAGAGGAAGCCAUUCUGCGCUGGUUUUCACAAGGGGCAACUACAGAGAAAGCCAAGCAGCUGCGAAAAAAUCAGGGGCUCCAGAAGUUAAUACAGUGGCUUGAAGAAGCAGAAGAAUCAUCAGAGGAAGAUGGUGAAUGAAACCAGCUCCCAGUAACUAGUCAGGACCUUCAUGCAGAUGAGAAAAGCACCUACUAAGAUGCAAGAUGCCUGUGCCUUGGUAAUCUAGACAUUACAGUGGUCUCCAGCUUUGGUUAGGCUCUACAGCAGAAAUGUGGAGGAGAUGUAAUUCAGAGUCAGGCUGUUCCUGAAAGCUUUCAAUUAAAAAUCUAUAUAUUUCAACAUAAUUCAUUUAUUGAACUGCAUAUCGAUGGUGUACUGUACAUAUGUUCUCCAGUACAUCUGCUAUUUAUUUAAAGGGAAUAAAACUUCUCUGCAAGUGAAAAGCA